AUGGAUGCCGCCGGUCCUUUUAUAAACGUUUCUACUAAUGCUCCAAGUGCCCACUCUACGCCUUCAUUCAUACAGGCAUCAGACCAGCUUCAGCAAUAUCAAAUACAAGGACUUGAUACUGGCCAUAUGAAUACAAAUACUAUGGCAGCUGCGGCCGCAUCUGCUAUGAUGGGAAGGCCUGAAAGUAUCUCCCAUCAACAGGUGAUAGCCCUGCAACAGCUUCAGGCUUCAUACGGGAAUUUACAAAAUAAUAUUCACAAGCAACUUUACCAGAAACGCAAGUACACGACAAAGGAUUUGAGGCAGCAGCAGCUGUCUCAGCUGCCUCAGCAAUCAUCGGGUAACUAUAUAUCCCCUCGGUCUACUUCAGCGUCUUCCCCAAGGGCUUCUUCCUCUAUUCGUAAAUCGGCUUCUUCUCUGUCUACACCAGUGGAUGUUCCAUUAAUGAUGGCCGUGCCACCAGAGCAGGAACAACAAGAACAGCAGGUGAGGCAGAGGCAGUCAAUACGGCCACAGGAAAUCCAACAACCUCAGCCCGUUGGACCUCCUAAUAUACAGAUGGACCGGCCUAUUGAAUCGUCGCGAACUUCAGACAUGCCAUCAGAUCAUCAGGCACAACAGAAUAGCACUGUGGACGGGAUUGCCAAUGAUGCUAUCAAAAAGAAUAUCGCUAAUGUGGCCAUAAUCCGUCUCUUUGAACUCACAGAAAAACUCAGUGUAAAAGUGGGACCUGAUAGUGUGGACUAUUGGAGACGUGUCGUCAGUGAUUUCUUCAGUGAAUCUGGUUUUGCUUCUGUGGCUUUGAAGCAGGGUCAGGAUAUGCGUCGGUACAACUUUUCCUGUACUUUACUUCCCCUAAUAUUACAAGCCAUGGUGAGAGACUGCGCUACAGCUUUGGAGGUUUCGCAAAAUUUCAUUAAAGCUAGUGUUCUGGCAAACGGGUCGGCCCACUUAGAGUGCGCAAGGUUGGUACAGAGAUGGUGGUACCCUGAUGGUUCAUAUAAGACUAGAUAUGGUGGAUUAAAGGUUCAUUUUAACAGUCAUCUGAGAAUUGAGAAGUUCGACGUUUCUGUUCUGAAGUGCUCCUGGGGCAUUGAAAUGGGGCCUUUGGAAUCUUUUUUAAACUCGCAUCCUGGUGCCGAUGCCGGUGUCAUUAAGAAGCAUUUUAUGGCCUCUUUGGGUGAUAAUGGUUAUGGUUUUCAUGAAAGCAUCCUGCGUAUCAUGCAGAUCGGUGAUGUAAUGAACUUACCCAAGCCUGAUGAGAAGUCUCCGGUGCCGCCGCAAAAUCUGCUGAAUAUGCUACCUCAGCUGUACCCUCAAUCACAGCAAUCACAGCAAUCACAGCAAUCACAGCAACCCGUACAUCAAGUAGCGCAGUCCCUGCGUGGCUUUUUAAAUGCUAAAAACGUUGUUGGUCUGAGUGAUAAUACAGUUCCCUUGGGAUCAUUGGGCCCUCUGGAUGGGAUGAAUCCGAUGGCUGGUACAGCCCCUACAGAUCCUACUAUUCUUGCGGGCUCAAGUUCCCACCAACCUCCCCAGAAUACAGCUCGUUUCAAGCUGCAGCAGUUUCAGGUUCCAGGAAACUCUGGUAAAGGUCACAACGAUAGUCAAAAAAAGACCUCUCGCAUACCGACUCAGGCACAAUCUAAGACAAGAGCCCGCAAAAGAGCAAAAAAUAUCAGCACUACUAAGCAGUUAAGCAAGGAUAUGGAAAAUAUUGAGGAAGUUCAGAAGAUCAUCAAGUCUCUUGGUGAAGAGACGGUGGAUUUAAAUAGUGCACUAUAUGAUACUCUCAUAAAGAAGGAGUUGAACGAGCUUUUGUCCGAUCUCAGCGAUGAAUCUAAUAAGAUCACAUCGGAACUAGAUAAAUGCAAAUUACUAAACUCGUACGCCUAUGUGAUAGCGUCGCUGUAUUUUUCCUACCUUAAAGCUAGUGGUGUAAAUCAGCAUAAUGAUCAUCCAAUCAUGCAGGAGCUUGCUAGAGUUAAGGCAUAUACUAAGAGAGUGGCUUCAGCUGAGAAGAUGCAGACGGAGAGGGAAGAUACAAAGAAGGUGGAAAAAGAAGCUGCCCAAAAGUUUUUAGAGGCAGAGUUUGGUGGACAUUCAGGACCGGCAAUCUCCAGUGUGCAUUUUGAGGGAAAGCAUAGGAGAUUUGACGUUAAGACUAAUAUAGAGACAAUUUCCACGGAAGAAUCCAAGAAGAUACGCCAAGCCAUGAGCAAACCGAAGACGGGUCCUAAAAACGGUCAAAAAAGAGGGCAUGUGCAUAAAUAA